UUAGUAUUUGUCGAGUUCAUCAUCGGAAGCAAUUAAAGUUCAAAUGCUGUGGGUAUAAUGUAGUGUGGCUGGCAUUUAAUUUUCAUAGUUCUCAUUUUACUGGUAUUACGUCCGGUUUAGUUUCUAUUGAGUAUUAUUUCGUUUUAAAUUUUUUUAGAAUAAUGAAUUCUGUCAAUUUAUGGACGGUAUUUUUAAUUUUUAUCUUCGAUUUAAGCAAAUGUUUUUGUGAAUGGACACGAUCAGAUGACAUAACUGCGAAUAAAGUUCAUUGUAAUAGUACGGUGCUUGUUCAUAAAGUACACUUCGUUUGGACAAUUACGAAUAUGGAUUUUCUCAAAGUCGGCGGAGAAAAUGUAGUAGAUUCGCCUAAAUUCUCUUCUCCAACAAAUCCUAAAAUCAAAUGGUUGCUACGAUUUACACCUCGCCCCAAAGAUUUCGAUUUGCAAUUGCAUAUGGUUUCGGAAUGCGAAGAAAAAACAGUAUUGGCCAAAGCCAGAGUUGCCAUGCUAGAUGACGAUGGCAACGUUAUAUGCUGCGGUGAAAAAGAAUUGGGUCCUUUCCAAGAUUCACUCACGACCGACUUUCGCAAAGGUUGGAUAUGUAUUCACAGGAAAAUUCGCAAGAUGAAUUUGCUCUGCAAUGUAUUAAAAAUCCAGUGUAAUAUCACGUUUUCGGAACCCAAUGCCACGUUGGUGAAACACGAACACAAUGCACUUUUCGAUCAAUUCAACGCGCCCUCUGAACUCAAAAGAGACUUGGGGUACUUAUUGAAAAAUUAUACUUACUCGGAUGUGGUAGUUUUGGUGAACGAUAAAUCCUUCCCUGCUCAUAAGGCUAUUUUAGCUGUUCGUAGUAACAUUCUCGCCGGCAUGUUGCAAGCUACUGAGAGAACUCCCGAACACAAACAUCGCAUUAUUAUUCGAGAUCUGAAAGAAGAAGUUGUUAACGAAAUGUUAAGAUAUAUUUAUGUCGGAGAAUGCCAAAACUUGGAAAGGCUAGCCAAGGAGUUAUUAGUCGCCGCGUGUAAAUACGAGUUGGAAGGCUUGAAGAGAAUUUGCGUGCAGGCUUUGUCUCAAGCUUUGACUGUCGACAAUGUUUCGGAGAUAUUGAUAUUCGCCGAUAAUUGGAACGUAGCUGAAUUGAAAGCUAAAACCGUCAGAUUUGUCGCUUCCAGAUAUACCGAAAUAUCGAAUACAGAUGGUUGGAAAACUGUUAUAAACUCGAGUCCUCAUUUAGUGCACGAAGUAUGUCAAGAAAUCGCCACCAAUCAAAAUUCGUCAUGAAAUCAGUGUUAAUCACCGAGUAAUAUUUAUUUAUAUCAUUUUUCAAGUUUGUCUUUGUCAUGUUUCAACAUCUCCUUCCCCCCUCUUCCACCCUUCCCAUUGCAAAGUGGCUGGCAUUUUUAUGUCUUGAAAAAUGCGAAACAUGCGUUGGUAAUAUGUUGUGAAAAUGGCCAGAAUAUUUUUCUAAAAGACAUUCGUUGUGGGUACAUAUCAAAAUUCAGAUUCUUUUUUCGCAGAACUCAAGGACAGUUUUGAAGUAAUAGGAGAUUUUUUUAAAAGAAAAGAAAUAAAUAUCCCACUUUAUCUAGGUACUUUUAAAGACAUAAAAAUCCUAGCCUCGAAAAUGAAUCAGUUGAGCGAAAUUUUAAUUUGAUGUAUCUUUUUGGUAAUGUAUGGAGAUGAAUUAAUUUUCUAUUUGCAGUAUUUGGCCAUUUGCUAUAGCAAUGCAAUUGAAUUUUUAUGAUGUGUCCUUGCACCGUAUAGCGAUAACAUACCCAAUGUAUAGUUUUUAGUAGGCUACCUGUGAAUUGGCGUAAAUAUGUGUACAUAAGUGUACUUUAUUGCUUAUUUGUUGAUGUACCUAUUUAAGCACAUAAAAUCAUAAGUUCCCUAUGUAUAUAGGUAAUGUACAUACUCUCAUUUAAUAGAUAAGUAAUUUUUGUGCUUUUUUCAUUUAUAAGAUUUUCGUUAUCAUUCAAGAAUUCGACUCGAAUAUUUCUACCUACCUCAUCUUUGAAGACCUAGUUUAUCAAUUGGUUAUUUAAUUUUCCAAGCUUGGUCAGUUUUUUCUCAUUUUCUGACCUUCUAAAUACGUCAUUAUUUGUAAGUUGUAUUAUACGUAUACUUGUAAUUUUGCGUGUGUUUUUUUAUGAAUAUAUUUUUGAUGACUGGCGGGUACUUAA